AAAUCACAGGUUGUUCUUAUAGAUUCUGAUGACUGUUCUUCUUCCGUGGAUAUUCUAGUCUGAAAGUAAAGGCAUAAUGGCUGGUAAAGCUAAACUUGUUCCCACCGUCCUGAUCGCAGUUCUUUGCCUGGUCUUGGCGCCUUGCGCUACACCAGCCAUGGCUGUUUUAUCAUUAGAGGUAGCUGGACAUCAAACCAUCAUUCCCGUCAACCAAAGCGUCACAUUAAUCGGCUCUGGGCGAUUCCCGGUCGGCUUCGUCCUCGGUGACCAGGUCGGGGGCACCGGGGGAGGAAGAGUCACCUGGACGGUGGACGGCCGGGUCAUCGCCGAGCAGCAAAGUGCCCAAUCUCAAACGACCGAUGUGUAUACUACGAGGAUAGAGCUUUUCCGGGAUCGCCACUUUGUUGCCUAUCUUACAAUCGAGGGCAUGGACGCAUCGAAAAACGGAGAGUAUUGUUUCAAGCUGAAGGCGGGAGAGUCUGUCCAUACCACGUCACAAACCCUUGAGUUGGCUGUUGAGUACCGACCGUCUAAUGAGUACCCGAAAUGCUCGGUUCUUCCAGUUGACGAUGACAUGAGGCUCGAGUGCAAGUCGGAGAGGGGAAGCCCCCUGGUCAGCCUGCAGUGGAUGAAAGAUGGCGACUCACUUCAACAGACCGUUGACGAUGACGAAGAAAGCUUUCUUGAAGUGUACACCACGGUAGCAGGACCGGAGGCCAUCAACAUGGGACGGUAUGAAUGCUCAAUGACAUACAAGGGAUCGAGUGCGGGCUCGUGCUUUCUCGACCGACCCACUGUGUGGAUUCCGACCAGCACGAGCGGGUUAGCCAUCGGGGAAGAUCUCGAAGUCAUCUGCCUUCAAUCUGCUUCUGAUAACCCACCUGUGUCUGCCUUUAAGUGGGAAGUCAAACCAGACCGGCACCAUACAGUGGGUAGCGAUGGGGCGGUACUUCACAUCUCCAACAUCACAUCUCAUGACAACGGAACUGAAAUCAUAUGUGAGGGACAAAACGCAAUGGGUCGUAGUAUUGCAGGCAGUGUGAUCAUCUUACGACCUGUCGAGGCCACCCAAACACCAAUAACUCUCGAGUUGGAGCAGAGCAAGAUACCAGAACACGUUGGUGCGCUCGCCAGCUUCGAAUGCCGAACAACUCCGGAACGCGAGAUGGGGUGGCUCUUCAAUGGCCAGUACAUCGACCCACAGAACCAUGAAGACAGAUUCUUCGUCGAGGGAAACCUAAACCAGGCUUUGUCAGUUAGGGGUGUUACUCGAGAAGAUGUACCGGCCCUGGUCACUUGCUUCGUUGCAAAGAGCUUCCAGAAAAAGUUUGUGAUGAAUCUUAAAGUUGACUUUUCUCUCACACUCCCAACCGAAACGCCCAACCACAAGCUGUCAACACAGACGGAUGUCGCUAAGUAUGGUUCUCAUGCUCCAGCUGUCUCUCAAACACCUAACCUUAAACCCAUCCUCGUCACCCCUAAACUGGACACCUCUACAUCGAAAGACGAGUCCUCGUUUUUCAACAGUCAGAUAAUGUGGUACAUCGUUGGUGGCAUGAUGUGUGUUGUCCUACUUGGUAUCUGUUGCUGGGUGUCCCUCAAAGCGAAGUCACUCAUGUGCGACCCACAGGGAGUCACCAAGACCGUGGUGAGCCCCACUUCACCGACCCCAUAUUGUCGACGUAUUAACGAUGAUGAUUUCGUGGUCCGAGUCGGGAUGCCUAGCGAGGUGAGACCCUCCCUGACACCGGAUCAAUCUCUGUUGACCAAGGAGCAACUGGUGGAACACGAGGUACAGUACCAGGAUCUGGAGGAUGUGACCCGUCAGCGACAGACUAACGAGUACCAACGAAUCAUUAACAAUGACUGGAUUCCCCCGACUCAUAUUUAAAGGUACCGGACACCUAAUAAGACCAGGGCCUUAUUUCAUGGCCCUGCUUACCGCUGAAUUCUGCGCUUACGAUCACCAUUCUCCGCUAACAUGCGUCGAUUUUCUGCGCUAGUAGAAUGCAUAGGUACGUGGAGUACGCAAGCGCAGAAGCCAAAAUUUCCUGCUAACCUGUGAAAUACGCUUGACGUAAGCACGGAAUUCCCUGCUUCCGUAA